AUGUCAGAGAAACCAAGCCGUGAGAGCCCCUCUGAGACUCCAGACCAUCUUCUAGCGGCCGAGUUACAGUCCCCUUUGACCUACGUGGAUCGCCUCCUACAGAACAAUCAGCAGGGCCAGCGUCCCGGCUCGGGCGCAGAUGACCUGCUCCUGGUCAUGCUCGACUCCUUGACCGACUACAUCGUGGAGAUGGUGGGCAUGGAGGCCCACGGCGGAAGCGCGCAGACCGCCGGGCAAGGCCAAGGGCAAGGGCGGGAGCGAGAUGCGGGGGCGGCGGCCACNGGGGCGGCGGCCACCGGCAACCGCGAGGGGGAGCCCCGCCGCCGCAGCAGCGCCUUCACCCUGUUCGGCCAGAUGCCCGAAUCCAGGAGGGGCUGA